UGUCUCAAAGCACAGAAGAACACAAGACAAACAAGAUGAACAGCUCCCUUGCCAAUGUCUCCGUCAAGUGCGUCCGGGAUAUCAGCGUGACCUCGGUGGUGUUUCCCUGCCUGUACAGCGUCCUCUUCAUAUUCGCCCUGCUGCUUAAUUUCAUAGCAGCGUGGAUUUUCUUCAGCAUUCCGAGCAAGUCCACAUUCACGGUUUUUCUAAAGAAUGUGGUGGUGGCUGACUUGUUAAUGACGUUGACCAUCCCCCUGAAGGUCCUAACUGACGCCGGCGUGGGUUCGGGUCCGCUGCGGGCCUUCCACUGCCGUUACUCGGCCGUACUCUUCUACAUCACCAUGUACAUCAGCAUCAUCUUGCUAGGCCUCAUCAGCCUUGACCGCUACCUGAAGAUAGUCCGGCCCUUUGGCAAAGGUGCCCUGCAGCGGGUCUGGGUCAGCAAAGUGCUGAGUGCUUCUGUGUGGGUGGUCAUAUUGUCUUUAGCGCUGCCCAAUGUGAUUCUAAGCAACCAGCCGCCACGCUACUCUAACGGACGAGUCAAGUGCACCUCCAUGAAGAGCCAGGCCGGCCUGUUGUGGCAUGAAGGAUUCAACUACUUCUGUCAGGUGAUCUUCUGGGGAACGCUGGCCCUGAUGGUGUUCUGCUACACGUUCAUCAGCAAGAAGGUGUAUGAGUCAUACAAAGCCUCAAAGAGCAGCUCUCAGGCAGCCAGUCGCCGAACCAAGGCCAAAGUCUUUGUUGUGGUUGCCGUCUUCUUCAUCUGCUUCGCCCCCUUCCACUUUACGCGAGUUCCCUACACUCUGACGCAGACCCGCAACACCAUCAGCCAGUGCCGGAUGAAGAACGGGCUUUUCAUCGCCAAGGAGACCACGCUGUGGCUGUCGGCCACCAAUGUGUGUCUGGACCCACUUAUUUACAUGUUCCUGUGCAGCACGUUCAGGAGGAGACUCAGAUCCACGCUCAGACGCAAGCCCCUACCCAAGGGAGACUCCCCCACUGCCACGUCCACGCAGCUGGAGAUGUCGCAGAUUGCAAAUAACAACAGAGUAAUACACGCUAGCCCACCAAAAUAACACACUGGAACUAUCUAAUAGUCUCAUACAUCUAAUUAGAUAGUGCUUUGAAAAUGGUGGGAAACCUUAAAAAUGAAGGUGAUUGGUCAAAUGAUAGAUAUGUUGUCCAAUUUUGAUAAAACUACCACUAUGGCAACAUCAAAGCUAAUAUUGUAGCUUCUCAGAUGGCAUUGUUUAUAAGUUUCUAGUUUAACUUAUGUGAUAUCUAAACCCGGCGGCACGGUGGGCGACUGGUUAGAGCGUCAGCCUCACAGUUCUGAGGACCCGGGUUCAAUCCCCGGCCCCGCCUGUGUGGAGUUUGCAUGUUCUCCCCGUGCCUGCGUGGGUUUUCUCCGGGCACUCCGGUUUCCUCCCACAUCCCAAAAACAUGCAUUAAUUGGAGACUCUAAAUUGCCCGUAGGCAUGACUGUGAGUGUGAAUGGUUGUUUGUUUCUGUGUGCCCUGCGAUUGGCUGGCAACCAGUUCAGGGUGUACCCUGCCUCCUGCCCGAUGACAGAUGGGAUAGGCUCCAGCACGCCCGCGACCCAAGUGAGGAGAAGCGGCUCAGAAAAUGGAUGGAUGGAUAUCUAAACCCGGCCCCUUGCUACCUCCUCAAACAAUUGCUGAUUGGUUCGAUAAUUGACGGGCAGAGUCAAUGUUAAGGAAAUAUAAUAUGAAAACUGACUUUUUCAUCGAUAGUAUAGAUCAACAUGAACAUAAGGGACAAUGCAGAUGCUGCAAGGAAAAAAUGUCACUGCAGCAGAUCAUGACAUUGCAACAAUGACCACGCUGUUCCUGCCACACAAUGUCAUUGUCAACUUCCUGAGCUCUAAUCUCCUUGAACCUACACUUUCCCUCUGUAAACUCAAAGGCAAACAUUUAGUCAGCACAUAUGCAUAUGCGCACUGCUUAGACUACAGCUGAGAAGAAAAUGGUUGUUUUUGUAUUUUAAAUGACGUUUAUGUUUCAUUUAGGAUGUAAUAAUUUCUGUUGCAUUUUAGCAGGAUUGUACAAUUCAUGCUUGAUUUAAUCAUUAAUUGAUUUUCACAAAACAAAACUGCACAAAACUGUGAGUCAAGAGCCAGUUUGAGCACUGCCUGGAAUCCAGUGGCUUUGUUGUACCCACCCUGCCAGCACCCAUAAAGCAAGAUAAUCGGGACAAAUUUGAAAUUUGUUUUCCCCUUUCCGAUCAAUGUCGGCAAAAGCCAGGUUACCAGAUGUCUCUGAAAUAUUAUGCUGAGCAAUUAUCCACUGGUGUGGGGAGUGUUAAGAGUGAUUUUUCCUUUUCCAAUUGGUCGGGAGCUGACAAUCGUAAAUGUUGAAUCUGUUCAAUAUAUACAGUUGCAAAUUGUCUUGUGUGUAGUCACCACGAUUUUUAGGCGAGGCAUCGUUAUGUCAGCCAUCUCAAGUACAACAUACACAAUUUGAAUAGUAAGAACACACGAUUUUUUUCCCCAGCCAUGAGUGGGGUCUGUCACAUUCUAAAAAUCAGUUAAGAUGUAAAAAAUAUGUACAUGUACCCCACUGUUUUUUUUAGUAACCUGUGUUAUUGUAAAAGUAUUGAACAUACUGUAUAUGUGAUGUACUGUGUCAUAUGUUUAUUACGAAACACGUAAGUGGGGUACACGGUACACACAUACCGACAAUCGGGUCAAAUAUGAGCAUUUUCCCUCCCUUGCGAUCAAAGUCAGCAAAGGCGUGAUUGUCGGAUGUCUCUAAAAGAUUAUGAUGAGUGAUUAUUCUGCGGUCUGGGGUGUGUUGAGAGUGAUUUAUUUCUUUGGUCACCUGUGUUACUGUAAUAUUUGACAAAUAUUGAACGUAUCAUAAUUUUAUCAGCAAACACGAAACAGAACAACCUACUUUCAUGUUACUGCUUUCAGUUGCACAUUUGCAGGUGA